UCUGGAAGUGCAAAGAGAGGAGGCAGGGAAACGCCGCUGGAGCGGGGAAUGAUGGCGGAGAGCGAGAAGGAACAAGUUUGAUACCGGAGCAAAGCUGGAAUCUCCGGGGAGCUUUUCGGCGUCUAACUCGAUAACGCAGCUAGAUGACUUCGCUUGAAUUGAGGAAACAGUGCUCCAGAAAAUCUCUGUUGGACCCAUGGCAAUGGUUGCCUAAACUUGCAUUGUAGUUCUCCAUCAAAACAUUUGCAAAAGCUGAUUUGUUUUAGAAUAAAACUGCAGUGAUAAACAACCAAGAUGAUCAAAGCAGAAAACAAAGGAGGGGAGAGAAGCCUAAGAAGCGCGUCCCCUCACAGAAAUGCAUACAAGUCUGACUUCCACGCCAUUAAGUGCUCGUUCGAUGGGUCAAAGUCCGAGGAUGCCUCAAAAACAUUUGCAAAUGGUUCCAGCGAAACCCGUGAAGACUCGAGGGGAAGGCCUUUUGGAACCAGAGUUAAUAAGAUCAAGAACAUAUUCCUACAAAUGGAUGGACAGCAACAGGAGCCUCAAGAAGGGAAACUGCCUUUAAAGUCUGAAGCGCCGCAUGGUUCCCCAACAAAGUUGCAGUUUCCAGUCAACACUCACAGAGUUAAUUUAAACAGCGCUUCAAGCCCAGAAUCCCACAACUUAGAAAAAACUCCUAAGGGGGAAGAUGUUGAGAUUGACAAAGUGGCUCUGGCGGAGAAGUUUUCUGUGACCAGAAAGCUAUUUGAAAGAGGCAUCAAAGAGCAGCCAACAGCUGAAAAACAGUCCCCAAACAGAGUGGUUAAUCGUUUAUCCCUUGGAAGUGCGUCCGAUGAAGAGAAAAGCACAAGAAGAGUGUCAGGAUGCAAAGAGAGUGCUGGCAAAUUAGAGCAAUCUCCCACAGCAGCAGCUAAAAGUUGCUCAGAUGAGAUAGCUGAUGGUGAACAAAAGCAUGUGUCUAAGGUGUCAUUGAAUGCAGGGCCUUUGUCAAAGAGGUUAGAAAAUUAUAUAGUCGAGAAUGACUCAGAGGACAACAACACAUCUGCUGGGAAAGAGGGAGUGGCAUCUACUAAACAACACAGUGUCACUCAGCACUUACAGCCUACCUAUCUGUCUAAGGAUGGCUUACACAAACCUACUUCUCCUAUCAAAGAAGCCACUGACUCUUCGUUUGAUAAUAAUGUCCUCAAAAAUAAAGACAACAAAUCUGGAUCUUGGGGAUCAAAUUUUGGAAAUAAACCAACAUUCCCAGCUAGUGGUGUUGUUUCUCCUACAGUAGAUGCCUCUCCAAAACAUCGCUCAUCCGAGCAAACGACCUCAGUCAGCCAUGGCUACAAGUUACCCUCAUCAUCUGUUGAUAGAUUUAGUAGGACAUCUGUUGGUGACGGAGGUAAACCUUCUAGUUCACCCCCAAGGGAUGAGAAACAGCCUUUGCCGUCAGCUGGCGGAUAUCUGAAUGCACACCGGAAUAAACACCCAGAAAAACCCAAGAGUAAUGAUCUUGGCCAUACAGGGGCCAAACCACAAAGCCAGGCUUCAUCACCUGACUCUAGAGUGGGGAACACAGUGCGGGCAGAGCUGGUGGUGGUACAGAAUGAGUCCUCGGAUAGUGAGGAGGAUGAGAUCACUGAAGAUAACGUAUUUGAGAAAGAGAAACAGGAAUUCUGCAAGGACCUACAAAGAAGUUUCCAAUCAGGACAAAGCCUCAACCCUGCUCAUCAGAUCCUGUCACGAGAGAAAACAGAAGAAGAUCGAAGGGGGGGAAACGCUGUAGAUGAGGGUACAGUACCAGAGAGUGGCAAGAGAUUUGGUUUAGAGAAGGAGGAAGAUAACUUGGUUGUGAGUCAAGAUGGUAAUGAUACUUAUGAAGAGGAUGAAGCAACAGCGGAGGAGGAUACACUAGAGAAGCAAGUGGAGGAGAACAUUCUGGAUAGAGUCUCUCCAGUGGUGUAUGGUAUAGAGAAUGCAGCAUUUGUGGAUGACAGAGAUGUAGAUCAGGUCAUUAGGGAAGAGGAGGAGGAAGAUGAGGAGGAGGAUCAAAUCUAUGGGGAUUAUGAUGACUGUUUUGAAGUCCCUGGUCUCUCAGAUGAGGAUGAGGCUCCCCCAAAAAGGAAAAUCAAGUUCUCCACAGAUCCCAUAUUGGUCUUCAGCACCUUCUCCAAUGAGGAUUAUGAUCGCCGCAAUGAUGAUGUGGACCCAGUCGCAGCAUCUGCUGAGUAUGAGCUAGAAAAGAGGGUGGAGAAAAUGGACGUGUUUCCUGUGGAGAUUGAAAAGGGAGACAACGGGCUUGGCAUCAGUAUCAUAGGAAUGGGAGUGGGAGCUGACCAGGGAUUGGAAAAACUUGGCAUUUUUGUGAAGACCAUAACGGAGAAUGGUGCAGCUGAGAAGGAUGGACGGAUACAGGUGAACGACCAGAUAGUAGAAGUGGACGGUACCAGUCUAGUGGGAGUAACCCAGCUGUUUGCUGCAACUGUCCUGAAGAACACCAAAGGCACAGUGAGGUUUCUGAUUGGUCGAGAGAAGCCAGGAACUCAGAGCGAGGUGGCCCGCCUCAUAAGCGAGACACUGGAGCAGGAGAAGAACCAGCAGCAGCAACACCUGGAUGAUGCUUAUGACCACUCUACAGAGGAGGAAGAGAGGUAUGAGGAUGACGACGUAGUAGAAGAAAGAAUCCUUGGGUCCAAUUUCUCUCCAGGGAGAAAUGUAGAGGUGUUGGAGCUGCCUGAUUCAGAGGCCUUGUUCAUGCCAGUGGACAUGAACAGCUCUCAGAUGGCCUUCAAGUUCAAAGAGCUGCAACUGAGACACAGCAUUACUGAGGCUGAAAUAAAUCAACUAAAGGAAACGCUAAAGAAAUCAGAGGAGGACAAAUCUUUGCGGAAAGAAAGGGAAUCUGCACUGGAGCAAAAAAUUGAGGAGAGCAACGACAAAAUUGUAAAGCUGGAGAAUUACUGGCUGGAAGCCCAGGCUGUGUGCAAGAGUGUGAACGAACAAUUAGCCGAGAAUCAGGCUCAGUAUGAGGCCUUGGACAAGAAGUACAACAAGGCCAAGAAGCUGAUCAAGGACUACCAGCAAAAAGAGAUAGAUUUCGUGAAGAAAGAGGAGGACCUGAAAAAGAUUCUAGAUGAAAAAGACAAGUGGUACAAGGAGCAGCUGGAGAUCCUGCAGAACAGGAUUGCUGACCUGGAGUCUAGAGGUGCUUCAGCUGUGGAAUGUCAGGGCGGUCUGGGCUCUGCUGCUGAAGAAAGACUGAGCAGCCAAGACUCGGUCAACAACUCACAAUCUGUUGACUCACUGCUAGAACAAGACUGGACUGAACUGGUGCCUGAAACGACGCGGUUGGACACCAGUGCUCAGAGGGCAAAAUGCCGGUUGGCUCAGAUGAGCAAGCGUCAGGCUCCAUCUCGCAACAAACUGAAGGAAAGCUUCGCUGGCGCCUCUCAUCAUUCUCAGGAAACUGAAGAAGAGGACGAGCAGGAGGAGCAGGAAUCUACCGGGAGGCAGCCGUCAUUGCAGGAGAGCCUGACCCUCCCUGUCAACGUCUGCUAUCCUGCAAACGGACAGAAAGACGAUCCGGGCGAGACUCGAGAUUCUUCCAAGAGCAAAGCAGAGCUUUCCAGCAGCCCAUCUUUGUCGCCGUCACCGGGGGACAGUGUUGAAAGCAGCAGCAGCCCUUCAUUGUCUUCUCCAAAACACACUUCCUCACCACAUUCUCCCUCUGGUUUCAUGCGCAAUGUUAAGAAAAGGGAAUCUAAAGGCAAAGGGAAGGAGCUCAAAGAGGAGCUCAGUGAGCCUUCUACAGCAGCAAAACCUAAAAGACGAUUUCCAGAUUUUGGAGGCCUUCGGAAGUCUGGUGGCAAAGGGAAAAAGGACAAAGAAAAAGAGGUGCUGAGAUCUUCUCUGGACAGCAGGGGGUCUGCGGAGUUACUGGAGGAAUCUGGAGGGAACCUGUCUCCUGCUGAGUCCAUGACCUCUGUCCCCACUUGUAUGCCGUUCUCCUGGUUUGGAGACAAGGAGAGGGACAGAGAGCCGUCCUCCUCCAGCAGCAGCCUGCCAUACACUGCAAAUGAAACCAGCAGUGAGCAAAGCCAGGAUCGCAAAAAUAAGACAAAUCUCUCCUGGUCCUCUUUAUUCAGUCGCUCUUUAGAUUUGAGUUUUUCAGUCAUAGAUGAUUGUAGCCCUGCCAGUCCCAGUUCAGACAUCUCUGGGUUAGUCGCUGAACCCAAUCUGUCUGGGCGCUCACACACUUUAAUCUUCUCUUCCAGCGAGACCUUGGAUGAUGAACCCGUCCCUGCUGGAAAAGAGUAUCAGUGGCAGAAUCGGCCCAUCUCCGAGUGGACCAAUCAGCAGGUCUGUCACUGGUUGAUGGGCAUGAAUAUGGACCAGUACACACCUGAGUUCACAGCAAAGGGAGUCGAUGGCCAGCAGCUCAUGCACUUAGACAGUGACAAACUGAAGGCACUUGGUGUGUCGAGUCAAAGCGACCGUUCAACUAUCAAAAAGAAGCUGAAGGACAUGAGGAAGGCCCAGGAGAAGCUGGAAAAACAGCGGGAGAAAAAGGAGAAGGAAGGUCGUCGCAGUGGGAGACUGCCGGUCCCGGGUGACUCCAUCUGCUGAUCAGAGCUGCAUACUCUGAUUUAAGUCUUUACUCGAGUUUCAUCUCCAUUCAGAACCAUGAAGACCUUUUCUGUGUCUUGAUUCCAUGAUGUUCCUGUCAGGAGAACGCAGCUGGGAACUUCCUGUGUGAAGUUUUCUACCUGUGCAGCUUUUCUUCUGGUGCUCUGGCUUUUCUCUGUUUUUCCUCCGCAGUCCGGAGACGAGCACAGUGAAUUAAUACGUGUCUCCAAAUGUGCUCCUGAUGUAAGUUUAAGCCCGAGUGAUUGGACCGACAACCAUUCCUCAGUGACUCUACAGGACAGAGUUGAUCACAGGUCUUCUCAUUCUCAAACCGUGAUGUUCUAGAAGCAUCCUUACAGGACCAGAGGUUGUGGUUUAUGUUCAGAUUGUUUCUUUUAUCGGUUUUCUAUUUGCAUGAACUCCACCUUAAACCGUUUUAACCUAACAAUGAGGGACGUCAAGUUUGGCAAGUGACCAAAAUAAGAUAUUCUAACAUUUUUACCACUAAAAAGGUUGAAACAAUAAUUAUUGAAAUGUGUUUUCAAUUAUAAUGUAGUUCUUGCAGAUCAUGCACAAACUUACCUACAAAGUCAAAUGUAUGUGGCUUUUAUAUAUCUGUUGAAGUGCUGCGCCUGAGUCUGUGUUCAGGUUUUGACAGGAACGGUUAUUGUACAGUUCAGACUAAAGCACUAUUAGUCUUUUAAGCUUCAAACGGCAGCAAGGUUUUAAAUGUAUAAAUCAGUUUUAUACAUGUGCCUGUUAACUGCAUUUUUACCUAAAUUGCUUUUUUUUUUUUUAGAUACUAUCUACAUUUUUCUACUAAGUAGAAUAGCCGGGCUAUAUAUUGUUUUUGGCUGAAAGGAAAGAUGAGAAAAUUAUCAAGUAGGGACCAGAUGAAUGCUGCUGAAUGCUGUGUGCCUGAUUCAGACCGUUGGGUUAAAGGUACCACGAUGUUCUGUAAAUACUCUAAAGGUUGAGCCGAACGCAAGGCUGAACAAUGAACGUUCACCACGAAACAGGAGCGCCUCCACUUAUUCUGGAGCCUAACUCCAUGUUUGUACAAAAUAUGAAAUGUGGGACCAGAAGGAAACAAAUGUUUUCUGAACUCUCAGAGAAGCUCAUCUUGGUACAUAGCAGCAUCAAUAAACUAAUAAUCACUU